GGCACCCUUCCACUUCAUUCUAAAGGGAGGCGAAGGGCACCCACUUUUCCCACUGCCAGUUCAAAUUGGUAUCCCGUCUACAGCAAGGCUUAUCUCUUCCUCAUUCUCAGAUGGAAUCCUGCCAAAGCAAAAGUGCCCUCCAAUAAAGAAAAGGAAGAAGGAAAUUACCACAUUGUCACUGGAGAAUCUGUUAACAAGUGCAGCAACAAAGCUGAUGCCAUAUUGCCAUUCGGUUAACAGAAACUCUCCCAUGUUUCUCCACUCCCUGUUCAUGCAGGAGCAGAAGCACCCACAAAAAAGGAAGAGGUGGUAUGGAAGAGUGAUGGAGUUCGUAAUUCUGUGGAAGCCUGCAUUGAAGCCUUUGCCGCAGAAGCCUGAAGGAGUCAAUGCAAAGUACUCCGCCAGGGAGAGGCUGAGCAAAUGCACCUCCCUCAAGGUGGCUUCUUCCUUCACUAGAGUGUGUCUCUGUGCUCCAAUCUCUUCGUACAACGAGGUGUUUCGAGCCGAAGUCCCCCCGAGAAGGAGCUACAGCUACCCCCGGUCGAAAUCGUCCGCGCAUGUGCCGUCGGAGAGGAUCUUGAGCACAAGGGCGUCGGUCGAAGGACGGAGAGUGUUCAGGGGGAAGUCAUUGACAGAUGAUAUUUUGAUGAGGAGGUUUGUUGUGGAAGAGGAGGCCAUGAUGCAGAUGCGGAGGAGGAACCAAAUGGAGUUCAUCAGGAAGAGGAAUGCCAUGAGAAGGAAGAAGAUUGGGCCGAGUCCUCUGAGUAAGAUGGUAAUGGCCGCACCAGAAGAGGAAGAACAGCAGUAGUUGAAUUGAAGUAGGCGUAACAAGUGUUGAUCUCUUGUGGCUGCUUUUCUACAAGUUUUUUUUUUGAGACUAUGCCUCGUUGUGGUUCUUCAUAUGCUCAAGGUAUUUGGAUAUAAUAAAGUAAAUGAUUGAACCAA